GUGGCAGGGCAGGGCAGGGCAGGGCAAGUGAGGCCAAGUGAGGCAGUCUCCUGGCACGUGAGACUCCACCGAAUACGACGAGUCAACCACAACGGCGCAUAGACUGAGGGUCAACGGCACUCGGCCGAGUUCUGGAGUGGUGCAGCACCGCGUCAAGAUCUCGAGCUUACGGCCCACGGAUGAUUGCGCCCUCUCUACACUACACGUCUUCGCAUUGGCACAGCUUGGGGCCAAUUGUUUGUCGCGACCACCCGCCUCCGCGUCGACCAUCACCCAUCAGCAUCAAGAGUAGCUUGGCCUAGCAUACACGGGACGUUCCCCUCAACCACCACACAUAUCAACACAUAUCAACACAUAUCAACACAUACCAACACAUACCAACACAUAUCAACACAUAUCAUCACAUUAUCUGGCAUUGCGCACGAGUCAUCCCCCAAACACGCCGUCGGCAACAUGUCGGCCGCAGCUCAGUCGCUCUUGCCUCGCACCUCCUCCCGCACUCAGCAGCAGCAGCCGCCUCGUGACCUUCCACACCGCACACACAGCACCGCCAACCGCUCCACCGCCCCUCCCUCAUCCCCGCGCCGCUCCAUGUCCACCUCCCAGACUCAAGCUCCGCCAACAACAACAACAACAACAACAACAUCAUCAUCAUCCCAGCACACCCGCGUCCCGUCCACAAACCUACACAAUGUCGCGCAGAAAGACUUCGAGCAGAGCAACCUCGCCCGACCACCGUCGUCCUCGCGAAGAAGCGAGUCGCGCGACCGUCCCGUGACCGGCAGCAACCCGACACGAGCAGAGUCCAUGCGCACAACAUCCUCCUCCGCGCACGCAAGAACACACUCGCGUUACACCGACCAACCCACUCCCGCCGCCCCUCCGCCCACCGCCAAUGGCGCACCUUCUACCGCGCCCGAGAGCAAAUCGACAGCCACCAGCGGCAACGUGCGGAGACGGACCACCAUCGAUGCGCCGACCGGACACUGGGACUUGGGCAAGACCAUCGGCGCGGGCAGUAUGGGGAAAGUGAAGCUUGCGCGGAAUAAAGAGACAGGCGAGCAAGUGGCCGUCAAGAUCGUGCCCCGCCAAAGUACGGACACCGAGCACCACACGCCAGCCGAGCGCGAACGAGCAGAUCGCUCCAAGGAGAUCCGCACGGCGCGCGAGGCCGCCAUUGUCACACUCGUGGACCACCCUUACAUCUGCGGCAUGCGCGAUGUGCUGCGGACGAACUACCACUGGUACAUGCUAUUCGAGUACGUCAAUGGCGGACAGAUGCUCGACUAUAUCAUCAGUCACGGCCGGCUAAAGGAGAAGCCGGCGCGCAAGUUCGGCCGGCAGAUUGCGAGCGCGCUCGAUUACUGCCACCGAAACAGUAUCGUGCAUCGCGACUUGAAGAUCGAAAACAUCCUCAUCAGCAAAACGGGCGAUAUCAAGAUCAUUGACUUUGGCCUGUCGAACUUGUUCAGCCCGCGGAGUCACCUCAAAACGUUCUGUGGCUCGCUGUACUUUGCCGCCCCGGAGCUGCUGCAGGCUCGGCAGUAUACGGGGCCGGAAGUGGAUGUGUGGAGUUUCGGGAUUGUGCUGUAUGUGCUGGUGUGCGGUAAGGUGCCAUUCGACGACCAGUCGAUGCCGCAGUUGCAUGCGAAGAUUAAGCGCGGGAACGUGGAGUAUCCGCCGUGGCUGACACCGGAAUGCCGCGGCCUCAUAGCACGAAUGCUCAACACGAACCCGCAGGAACGAGCGACAUUACACGAGAUCAUGAACCAUCCAUGGAUGACGAAAGGCUUUUCAGGACCUCCCGAAAACCAUCUUCCGCUUCGAAAGCCGCUCUCGCUUCCCUUGGAUCCCAGCGUAAUCGACAAGAUGACCGGCUUCGACUUUGGCGCCGCAGACGUGAUUACAGCACAUCUCACAAAAACCAUCGAAUCGGAAGACUAUCAGCGCGCGGUCCGUCUGUACGAACGCCGCAACGCCCAACAAGUCCCCGAAACCGAGCGGCGGCGCGGCGUGUUCGACUUCUACAAACGCCGCAACUCCACCACCAGCCGUGACACGCUCAACACUCCCUCGACUGAAGCGAUUCAACUCGGCAACGACCCCCUGAACGCCUUUCACCCGCUCAUCUCAAUCUACUACCUAGCGAUGGAGAAACAGGAACGCGAAGCCCGCGAGAAGAACCCGGGCGCACUCGCUCUGCCGCAAAGCCCGGGCGAGAAACCCCUCCCCUUCCCCGAAGCGCCACAAGCCGCCUACACCAACGCGCAAGCGUACGAGAUGCCCGGCGAGAAGCCCACGGGCGGUCGCAGUCGACCGCGUGCCCGCACCCACGGCGAAGACGAAGUCCAAGACGCGAUGCAGAAUCUCAACGCCACGAGCCCGGCCAUCGUGGAGCCGCCCGCGCAGGAACCCCCGCCGCAGAUGGCGCGGAAGGAGAGUGCCGUGGCUGGUCUGCUGAGGAGGGUGAGCACCCGGCGAUCGAAGGAUCCGGCUGAAAGGCCGGAGCGGAAGGAGAGGCCGAGUCAUCCUCCGCCUAGUCUUGCCGUCUUCGCACCAAGUCCCACUGCGGCCGAAGGCACGCCGAGGAAGAGUUUCAGCGUGCGUCGCGCGAGGGAAAGGGAUCCGACGCCGACGGGGUACAGGGGGGAGACGGCUACUUCCGCCCCGCAGGCGCAGGCGCAGGCGGAGAAGGACGGGAAUAGGCUUGUUCCGCCGCCGUCUUCGGCGGGCGGAGACGGAUCGAACAGUGGUGUGGAGAAGACGAAACGCUCCCACGGCUUGGGGAGGUCGAUCAGCGUCAAUUCGAGCGAUGUCCGACGUCGGCUUAUGCGACGAGGGGCUAGUGAGGGCUCGUCCAUGCGGCCGGGUAUCACAUCGGCAGGGAGUCAGGACAGUCGACAACAGAGGCUUGUUGAACAAAUGCACGCAGAGGGUGGGAGUGCCGGACGGGACGCGGCGUCAGAUAUCGAACCCUCCCCUUCCUCCUCACGACCGCAAGUGGCGGGCGGACUAAUGGCCGGCCGCACCAAGAGCGUCGGGCACGCGCGCCGCGAACCCCUGCAAGCGCAUCGCUCCGUGCGCCGGACGGGCAGGGACAGAGAUAUGAUGCGGACGUCCGACGUGCCGGAGGAGACGGACCAGGAAAUCCACAUGCAGGAGCACGAGCAGGACGAGAACGACGCCGAGCUCGAUGCCACGCAAGGCGGCGGCGGGAGUCCGAAUGGCUCCUUCAAGCCGGUGUAUCUGAAGGGCAUCUUCAGCGUGACGACGACGAGCAGUAAACCCGUGCCCCUGAUCCGCGCGGAUAUUAUGCGCGUGUUAAGGCAGAUGGGGGUGGAGUAUACGGAGGUCAAGGGCGGGUUUCGGUGUAGGCAUGCGCCAAGUAUUGUCAAGACGGGACAGGGACAGGGUCAGGGACAGGGACAAGGACAGGGACAGGGACAGGUGAUUGAUGAGGCGAUACCUAUAGAGUCGAAUACGCAAUCAGCGGCGGGAGGGAGGAGGAAGAUUUCGUUUACGGGGUUUAAUCGCGAUCGCGACGCGUUUCGCAUUAACAACAACAACAACAACAACAACACCAACCAGAGUCAACAACCACCACCACCCACCUCUCGUAGCGGCGGCGGUGCUGGCAAGACGGGUAGAGAUCUCAGCUACGACAACACGGAAGACGAAGUCUCCGAGGACGACUACAACAACACCAACACCAACAUCGUCCGCUCCAACACCAACCCCAACAACAACUCGAGUUGGCGGCGGCAGGCGGGCGAGACGAGCACGCACGUGCAGAACGACAUGGGCAGCGAGAGCCUGGAGUUGCGCUUCGAGAUUUUCGUGGUCAAGGUGCCGUUGAUCAAUGUGCAUGGGAUUCAGUUCAAGAAGAUUGAUGGGGGCACGUGGCAGUAUAAGGAGAUGGCGCAGCGGAUUGUGCAGGAGUUGAGGUUGUGAUGAUAUUACGUGGUGUGGCGGGGG